AUGGAGGAAGAGGAUGUCCUGCAACUACUGACCGGUGAUGACGAGUUCGACGCCGACAUCGAUGCCGACGCUGAAGAGGAGCUGCUCAGAGAGGACAGUGAUGUCAACGCCUCGCAUAAGCAUCAGAUGGAGACUAAUGAGUCCAUUGAUGAUGAAGAGGAUGAUGAGGAUAGGGAUGACGGCCGCAGAGGAAGGUUUAAGAGCGAGAGAAUCAUGUCUUUAGUGUCGGUUCCGUCGCGAAGACACGAAAUACCCGAUACGUUAGAGUCGGUGAAAGUGAAUGAGAAGAACCAUCAGAAUCGCAGUCAUUAUAACAAUAGGCGACACAAUAGUAGCCAUAACUCUAAUCCACAGAAGUAUCGCAAUUCACACCCGAAUCACACCACAAAUGAUGCUCACAAUCGACACAAUAAUUAUCGACAAAACCAGGGAUUACUUCCGUUGCCGCAGCCAAUGGGCAGUCAACCCAUGGUUGUACAGCACUCGAGUCCAUUACAUCCACAACAACCACCACCGCAUCCACAGCCGCCACAGCAACGAAUGCCUCUGAUUGGUCCCAAUAUUGCUAAUAUGUAUGGACAGCCAACUAAUGCCAACCCCAUCCCCAAUUCGGUGAACACCAUUCACGUGAACCCCCACUUCAGGGCCCGAGUGCCCAAUCAGUUUGAUCUCUCGCAGAGCGUAAGACCUCUGGACCAGCCGUUCAGACCUCAAGUCCCCGUUGGCCUCCAAUCGCGGCAUCAAUUCCCACAACAAAACGUCAAUACUUCUCAGCAAAUGCUAUUCAACCCACAAAUGAAUCAUCAAAUGAGACCUCAAUUCAUUGGUAACAAUAACUCAUACAACGAUCAAACCAUUCCUCAAAUGCCUCCACAACUGCGACCACAACAGCAACAGCAACCACUUAUACAGCAUCCGCCACAACAGCAACAUAACCAACACUUCCAGCAAAUGGACACUCAAUGGAGAGGUGGAGGCAAUGUCCACAACAUGUAUCCAAUGCAACACAAUUUGGGUCAACAGCUAAUACCACAGCAAAUGUCAAUGAAUAGGCCGCCAAAUGCUAUGAUGAAUGUAUCACAGCCUCCACUACCACAGCAACAGCAGCACAACUUUGUGCCCAAUAAUAAUCACUCGUAUAAUACAAAUUACCAACAAAAUCAACAGCUUAUGGGUGGCCCCACUCAGCCCAUCCAGACAUCACACCCGACACAUCCCAUGCAUAACAGUUAUAACACUCCACAGCACUACCAGUUGAUGGAUAAUCAGCAAAGAUUUCCUGUUCAACACAAUUACAAUCAAAUCCCGACAUUAGGCCAACAAAACAGUCAACCGUUUCAGUCGCCGCCCAAUCAGCAGAUGUUUAAUAAACCAAAUCAUCAUAACAUGAAUCAAAUGAAGCCUAUCGUGAAUAAAAGGCCGGCAUUUCAGUCGCAAUCAUCGCAAGAGAGGCCUAACAGAGGGUUUGGUGGCGAACAACAGCACCCGAGAGGCACCGAUAGCUUGAAAGCGGCCCAAUUGCGGACAAAACGGGCCAAACAGUUGUUGACUAAAAAGCAACAGAACAUCAAAGAGGUGCCGAUCGUGAGGAACACCGGCGCCGCACCGGUAGUCGAGAAUCAGCAGCAGAGGGCUAACAAAGAGAUUGAGGCGGCGGUCGGUGUGGACGAGGAGUACAAGAAGAAAAUGGAGGAACAGAAACGUCUUCGCGAAGAGAUUCUGCGUAAGAAAGAGGAGCGAAGGAAAGCGACGGCCGCUCAGCGUUUGAGGGCGUCGGGAGGCGGCCCACCGGUGCCACAGUUGCCGCCCAUGAAAGCGCCGGUAGUUCAGCCGAAUACUGCGGUUAGACCUCCACAGCAACAACAGAUCGCGACAUUACUGAACCGAUCGCCACAACUGAUGAAACAAUUACCACAACAGACAGCGAGACGUGUCAUGAUUCCGACGACGAAUACUAAUAGCAAACCAGUGCUCAAUCGAGUGGUAGUGAACCCGAAUCAGAAGCGGUCGGUGCUUAUCAAAGGGUUGGCCGCCUCUACCAAUGAGAUGGCCAUUAGACGGCUGUGCAAACCGAUCGGUGCUAUCGAGUCGUGUAAGAUUGUGACGAUUGGCGGCCAAAGGAGUGGAACCGUGACUUUCAUGCGAAGACAGGACGCCGUCGCCUUUCAGACCAAAUACGAGCGAACCCUUCUGGACCUCUGUGUCAUUCAAGUGUCACUCAUUUAA